GGCAUCGGAAACGAUUCAUGAGAGAAAGGCGGAGCCCUCCUCUGCUGUCCUUUCUUUGAAACUUUAUUUUUUAACAAUUGCCUGCACUCUAGAAGUACCAGGUGUUCGAUUUAGCAAAUUAUUUAAUUCCUGUAACACUGCAAAAUUUAUAGCCGCCUUUCCUUUGACCACGGAGAGAUCUGUCAAGCAUUGCUUGCCUUGAGAGAAGUUUGAUAUCCAACCAGCUAACGUUAGCAUUGCUUGACAGCUGCCCUUUUCAACAGGGAAGCCGCAGUGAACUGUUGAACACAAGAAAAUGGGGGAUAAAGAAUUGAUGUGGGCCUUGAAAAAUGGAGACCUGGACGAGGUUAAGACCCUAAUGAAGGAUGAGGAUGUAAACAGAACCCUGGAGGGAGGCAGGAAGCCCCUGCACUACGCUGCUGACUGUGGCCAAGCUGAGAUGCUGGAGUUCCUCCUCUCCAAGGGAGCAGAUGUCAAUGCCCCAGACAAACAUGGUAUCACUCCGCUGCUCUCUGCCACAUACGAAGGUCACCUCUCCUGCGUCAAGAUCCUGUUAGAAAAGGGAGCCGACAAGGAGCGGAAAGGACCAGAUGGCCAGAGCGCCUUCGAAGCAGCCGAGACCGACGCCAUCAAGGCUCUCCUCAAGUGAAACGGGAGCCUAGAAAGGACGGACAGACUGAUGCAGCAGUGGUCCCCCAGACAGACAAGAUGGACACACCCCUUCCCCCGACCUCCAACCUCUGUCUUUAGCACUGCUUUGUCUGUUUGCGGGGUUUGGUUUUUGGUUUUUCCCUUUUGAUUAUUUUUUUACAUUGUGGGGAUUCUCUCUUCUCGCCUCUUUUCAGUAGCCAUUGAAUAGAUGGACUUGUCAAUCAUGUCUCCCUUAGGGACCAAACACUGAGGGAAAAGCACCCAGACUUGGACCCUCCCUGAACACACAAGGAUGCAAUGUAAAAAUGAAUAGAGUUUAGCACUUAAAUGAUCGCUCUCAAGUCCUGUGGUAACUGCACUGCACUACUUUCACAAAAAUGUUGGCAGAAAAAACCCGAUAAUAAUCCAAUAUACUUUUUUUUUUCUUCAGUUUUCAAUAUUAUAAGACCACUUGGUUAUAUUAGUUUUACAAACAUCAGUUGUGCUAGAUAGAGAACGGUUGUAAAGAUUCAUUCUAUUAGCUCUGUAAGAUGGCCUCCUCUUUCCCUUGGCUGUGUACUGUAGCUCUUCUCUGUAGACCUGACUGGCUAACUGUCCAGUGCUUCAACUAGGGGGGUUUGUACUGUAUGAGGGGGUAGGUCCUCUUUAGGUCGCUAAUAAUAUUGGUUACCUACUCUCUACGUAACCCCUACUGAUAACAUAUCACACUAAAUAUUAAUGACCAGGGUUACUCUAGUAACGUAUAAUAGCAUAAAUACCCCCUUGACCAAUCACCAUGUUGGCUAUUACAAAAAUGUAAAUGUAUAAAACAUAUUGAUUAAUCUGUUACUUAUUAAAACAUUGCUGUGUAGUGAUGGCAUUAUGUCAACAUUGACCUUUAGUGCAGGAAUUUAGAAUUGCACCAUGUUUUUCCCUUUUUGAGUUUUGAGCAUGUUCUGAUCUGCAAUCCUUUGUUGCCGCAGUCUAUGUUUUGUAUUAGAUGAAUUGGGUGGGUGGGUUCUGAACAGUGGGAUAUAGGGGUUUCGGGUUCAAACUGUGGAUGGGGGAAAUGAUCGUCCUGUCGCUCUCUGGGUUUGAUUAACCUUCCGGCUCUGCUGCAUGUCAGAACUGCUUCUACUGCUACGCUCUCCAAAAUGGAUGCCUUCCUCUUUUGGUUGCUUUCAAAUAAUUACAAUGCAAUGGAAACAAAAUACAAAACGCUUUCUCUCUGGCAUCGUUGUGAGGAAAAGUCUGUAAAAACUUAAAUAAAAAAUCUAAAAAUGA